AUGUCGCGUUGUGUUCUUAUCGCUCUCAGCCUUGUCGCUCACGUUCACUUCUCGGAUGCCUUCCUGGUCGGAGGGCUUGCAAGGACAUACUGGGGGAGCGCGAGAGGGUCAGGGGGCGAGAGGGUGAGCGGGAGGAGGAACAUGGCGAGGGCAACAGGGGCUACGGUGCUGAAGAGCCAGCAGACAGAGGCGCCGGCAGGGCCACAGGAGCGUCAUCCCAUCUACUGGAUCGACGAAUGCGAGCCGCACGAGAUGACGAGGGAGCUUGCAAGGAAGAACGAGCAGUACCUGUACAAGUUCCUCAACCACAAGGGGAUCGCCCCCUUCAACCUUGACGCCUUCAAGGAGGCAGAGCGCGCGUACGCUGCGUUCAGCAGGGAGGCAGGCGGGGAGCCUCCCAUCAUCAUCGACUCGUGCUGUGGGACAGGGAGGAGCACUUACAACCUUGCGCGGGAGAACCCGACGUCCUUUGUGGUAGGAGUGGAUAAGAGCGAGGUGCGGCUGAAUAGAAACCGAAUCUUCCGUGAGUCCAGCAACGGGCCGGCAGAGAACAUGAUCCUCGUGCGGGCAAACUGCAUCGACUUCUGGAGACUCAUCUGGCAAGCAGGGUGGAAAAUCGACCGCCAUUUCAUCUUGUACCCAAACCCGUACCCGAAGCCAGGGCAGCACUUUCUACGUUGGCACGGUUCCCCAGCUUUCCCGAUCCUCCUGAAGAUGGGGGGAGAGAUUGAGGUCCGGGCAAGCUGGCGGACGUACCUAGAGGAGAUGGCGAUUGCAGCAGAGGAGAUAGGAGGGGUGAAGGAUGCUGUGAUUGAACCUUUGCAAUUCGGGAAAAACUUAGAGAAAGCGAUUAGCAACUUCGAGCGGAAGUAUGUGCUUGCCGGGCAGCCGAUCUACCGCCUGAGAUUCCCUCGCUUGCAACAAAUUCCCUUUGACAGCAGCAGGAAUGAAUAA